UUCAUUUUUUGAAAAAGUAUAUUAUUGUCUAAUAAAUACCUAUCAACACUACAUUAUUAUCAAGUAUUUAUUGAGCUCCAGAUGUCUGAAUUUUUUCAAUACUGUAUUAAAACACAACAUUUACACUGUUCUGUCAAACAUUAUGGCUUCUCUGAAAUGCAAUAAUAUAUAAAAUACCAUCAUAUAAAAAUGUCGAGAUAAUGUUGGAUUUAAAUACAGUGAACAUGGUUUACAAGAAUUUGAAAUAAUACUUAGAAAUGUACAUGACAUACUAAAAAGGCAUGCAAUUAAAAUAUGUUGGUGUAUAAAUUGUAAUCCUUGCAUCAAGCCCCAGUGUUGCCCCAAUCAAUCCUUUUGUUCAAUACAAUUUUGGGCACAUAAAUAUGCUACAUGUGUAUGGGUGGAGAAGGGACCGGAUGCAAGAUUAUUAUCCUCUUAAAUGUCCUAGAACUUGAUUAGUAUAAAGUAGCUGUUAUGGUUCACCAGGUUUUUAAAGAUAUUCCACGAUUUACAACAAUCAAAUUUCAUUAUAUUUAAAGCAUCACAUAUUAUAUGGGUGACCAAUUUACAAAUAAAUGUACAGGUAUAUGACACAAUGUCAACAUGGGAUCACCCAAACAUUGACACAACCAGGUGCAGCACCCAUUUGAGAAAUAAAAAAUUAACUCGCACCUGGUUGAAAAUUCAUCUGCAGCACCUAUAUGAAGUUACAAAUUAUAAAAAAUUAGAUUUACAAGUUUUUACCACAGCUGAGAGAUUUGCACACCUCAAUAAAGUGAAACAACUGUUUCUGGAACACCUCAAUGAAGUGGAACAACUGCUUGGGGAACACCUCAAUGAAGUGGAACAACUGUUAGUGGAACACCUCAAUGAAGUGGAACAACUGUUUGCAGAACACCUCAAUAAAGUGGAACAACUGUUUCUGGAACACGUCAAUAAAGUGGAACUACUGUUUGCGGAACACGUCAAUAAAGUGGAACAACUGUUUGCGGAACACCUCAAUAAAGUGGAACAACUGUUUGCAGAACACCUCAAUAAAGUGGAACAACUGUUUGUGGAACACCUCAAUGAAGUGGAACAACUGUUUGUGGAACACCUCAAUGAAGUGCAACAGCUGUUUGCAGAACACCUAAAUGAAGUGCAACAGCUGUCUGUGGAACACCUCAAUGAAGUGCAACAGCUGUUUGUGGAACACCUCAAUAAAGUGGAACAACUGUUUCCGGAACACCUCAAUAAAGUGGAACUAUUGUUUGCGUAACACCUCAAUGAGGUGGAACAACUGUUUGCAGAACAUGUCAAUAAAGUGGAACUACUGUUUGCGGAACAUGUCAAUAAAGUGGAACAACUGUUUGCGUAACACCUCAAUGAGGUGGAACAACUGUUUGCGUAACACCUCAAUGAAGUGGAACAACUGUUUGCAGAACACCUCAAUAAAGUAAAACAACUGUUUCUGGAACACCUCAAUAAAGUGGAACUACUGUUUGCGGAACACGUCAAUAAAGUGGAACAACUGUUUGCGGAACACCUCAAUAAAGUGGAACAACUGUUUGCAGAACACCUCAAUAAAGUGGAACAACUGUUUGUGGAACACCUCAAUGAAGUGGAACAACUGGUUGUGGAACACCUCAAUGAAGUGCAACAGCU